GUCAUGACACGUCACGGUCUUCACCCAUUUAAGCGUCGUCGUCUCUCAUAACAGCGACGAAGAGGAGGUCUGUCUGCGUGAGUGAUCGGUGAAAACAUUAUAGUCCAGCAUCAUGAGUCAGCGGACUGAGCGACGGGGGAUACAUGUGGACCAAUCAGACCUGCUGUGCAAAAAGGGAUGCGGUUACUAUGGCAACGCAGCAUGGCAGGGCCUGUGCUCCAAGUGCUGGAGGGAGGAGUACCAGCGGGUACGGCAGAAACAGAUCCAGGACGACUGGGCCUUGGCAGAGAAGUUGCAGCGAGAGGAGGAGGCAGCGUAUGCCAGCAGUCAUGGAGCGCAGACGCAGUCUCACUCUCAGUCUGCAGCACCAGCACCACAGCCUCACCCAGGACACGCCUCGCUGGGACCGUUCUCCAAGUUUGAGGAGAAGAAAACCAAUGAGAAGACUCGGAAAGUGACAACAGUUAAGAAGUUUUUCAGCCCUUCAUCACGCACCGCUCCAAAGAAAGAAACCCAAGAAAGCAGAACCACCAGUCCAUCUCUCAGCCGCCACGCCAGCUUUGAAUCAGACCAAGUGUCCAAGGACUUCGUGGAGUUCUUGAAAAACCUCCAGAAGCCAGGCAGGGAGAUCCAUAAGCAGUCCAGAGCCUUUAUUAUGAACAUGUCCAGCAAAAAGGACCUGAGUGCUGACGAGCUGUCUGAAUGUGUUCAGGAUUUCUACCAGAACAUGGCCGACCGCUUAAUGAGCCACUUUAAAGGCUCUUCAGAGUCCGUGGAGCAGGUGAUGGACCAGGUAGAGAAGUACAUAAUGACUCGUCUGUAUAAGAGCGUGUUUUGUCCUGAAACCACUGAUGAUGAGAAGAAGGACUUGGCCACACAGAAGAGGAUCAGGGCUUUACACUGGGUCACCAUCCAGAUGCUGUGUGUGUCUAUGGAUGAGGAAAUCCCAGAAGUCUCUGAGAAUGUGGUCAAAGCAAUAACAGAUAUCAUUGAGAUGGACUCAAAGAGAGUUCCUCGGGACAAACUCGGCUGCAUCACACGCUGCAGUAAACACAUCUUCAGCGCCAUCAGAAUCACAAAGAACGAGCCGGCUUCAGCCGACGACUUCCUCCCCGCGCUCAUUUACAUCGUGCUGAAGGCCAACCCUCCACGGCUUCAGUCCAACAUCCAGUACAUCACCCGCUUUUGCAACCCCAGCAGGCUGAUGACCGGCGAGGACGGAUACUACUUCACUAACCUGUGCUGUGCAGCGGCUUUUAUCGAGAAGUUGGAUGCUCAAUCCCUCAACCUUUCCCCUGAGGAAUUUGAGCGCUACAUGUCAGGCCAAGCCUCUCCGCGCAUCAACAGCUCUGAAGGUGAGUGGCCCGGACCUGGCCCGGCAGACGUGGCCACCAACCCUGUCCUGGCUCAGCUCAACCACAACCUGGAGCUGCUGUCGAGCCUCAGCAGCCGACAGGAGUCAGUGAUGGAGGCGGCUCAGAGCCUGCAGGCCGACCUCCUCUCCUGGCCUGAGCUUGUGAAGCGGGAGGUGCAAGACAUCCUGGAGAAAUACCCUCUGGAGAUCCUUCCACGCAAAGUGAACGCCAUCGAUGCCAAUAAUAUGGACAAUGACAACCUGCCACCGCCACUCACACCCCAGGUGUUUGCUGGGUAGUGCAGUUCUACCAUUAUUUCAGACAGAGUAAAGGUGCUUUUCUGCUGUCCCGAGUAGGCUCAUUUCCAGGGAUAUGAGUUUAAAGGUAACAACCCUAAUGCACUAAUCCUGAAUAGUUUGGAGCCUUACCUUGCUGAGCUUGUUUUGCACCUCAAACACAACCAAGUAUUUAUUUCAGGAAAAUUUUUCAUUUCAGUUGAAUCCCAGCAUCAUGGAGAUUUGGUAGCAGGAGUAACAUAAGCUGCUCAUUUAUGUCCUGGUUAAAUAUGACCCUCAGAUUUGGGUCACUUACCAACAAAAAGUAGAGGUUUGCUAUGAAAUAUAAAAAGAGUAUUCAAAAAUAGUUCAUAGACAAAAAAUAAAGACAUAUAGACAUGCUGAUAGAUCUUUCAUGUAUGCAUAAUACAUAUAUGCAUACAUUAGAAAAAAAAACAUUAAAAUGGCUAUUUUUUCUAGUUUUGAUUUAUAAUGCAGUAUUUUAUAGUAUUUCUAUUUGCUUAUUGUUUCUUUAAAAUAACUUAUUUUCUUUUUUAGCCAUGGCAUUCUAAGUGUUACCCUGUAGCUUUGACAGACUGUUAUUUAGUUUGCCAUUACAACUUGCAGAAUAAAUCAAAAUAUCAAAACACAAAAUCUGCUCUAUGACUUCUCAUAAAAAUAUGAUAGUGCCGUGCUUUUGCUAUUAGAAUUUAUUCACUCUCCUCUUCUGAUUAGUUGUUGUUUGUUUAUUGUGGAAUAAUUAUAAAUGGCCCACACCAGAAUUGUCAGGCUGUUUUAGCAUCUUCUAUUUGUAUUUACUACAAAGCAUUAGGGCCACUCUAAGAAAAAGAAAGUUAAAAUGAUCUGUUAAUUUUUUGAAAAAAAACAAAAAACAAAACUUUGAGAAACAAACUUGAACUUUUGAGAAUAUAAAACUGUACAUUUAUGACAAACCAAACUUAUUUUUUUUAUUUUAAAAAUUCAUGAAUUUACAAGUUUAAAAGUUGUAAAUUCUGACUUUAUUAGUUCAAAAAUUUCAGGUUUAUAAAGUCAGUGAUUGACAAUAUUAUCCACCUUAUUUCUGGAGGGUCUACUGUAGCUACAAAUGUGGCAAUAAGUAACAGUAACAGCUACUAAAACUUCAGUUUUCUAAGUACUGCUUCAUUUCUCUAAAACGUGCAUCCAGAUUGAUUUUUUUAUGAGCAUGAAUUUUCUUCUUGAAUUUCCCUCGGGAUUCAUGGAGCAUCCAUUCAUCCAUACAACCACAAAAUGAAUCAUGUUUAUUUUGCCUACAGAAAAUCCACACACUAAAUAGUGAAAUGUUAAAGCUCUGACUGGGCUCUACAUCUGAUAUGAAGUAUAGAAGGUCUUAUCCUAACUCCUUUAACUAAAUGCAGUUGUCCUUCUUACUAUGCAAAUACUGAUAUAAAGUUAGCUAAAAUCACUGAUGUACCUUAUCGGAGGCAAUUUCUUCAUCUUGUCCUCUCCUUUAGAAGGUGGAGGAAUAAUACUAUCCCGUUGCAGGUGUAACAGAUGAUGUUUACAUAUUUUAAUCUCCAAUAUCUAUAUAAUCAGGAUCUACAUCUCAUUAAUAUGCAAAGUCCCAGUCUAAAGGAAGGGACCAUAAGUCGCACUGACAUUUCAUGCAAAGUAUCAUGUGGGAUAGGAGGGUGGAUAAAGCCAUAAAUUUACCAAACUCAGAAUUUUUUAGUUUGAAAAUUGUAUGUGAGGAAAAAAAUCAGACAUUUCAUGUUGAAAAGACGUAAAGUUUAAUUUUGUAAACUCAAAAAUUUCACGUUCAUAAAGUCAGAAAUUGAUGACAUGUUGAAGUCUUACAUAAACAAAUCUAAAAAUGGUGAUUGGAUAGCCCGAGUGUACAGAAAUGUCUUUUUUUAAGUCGAAAUGAUUAUGGCAAUGUCCUGAUAAUUUUGGGCUAAUAAUAUAAAUAGACUAGUCUAAGUUUUGGUUUGCAUAAAUUCAUGAAUUUUUGGCCUUGUUUUUUAUCAGUAAUUUAACCAAUCCUCUUUAUUAUUUAGUGUUUUAGAGUGGCCAUAAUAUGCUAUCGUAUUUAUUAAACUAUAUUUUGUUAAAAUAAAAAACAGAUUUUUGUUGACAGUUUAUGUUUUUAGCCCUCUUUGCAGCAAAGCUGACAGUUUUACUGACAGUUUAACAACAAUGUGUAAGCUAGCUAGCUUAAAGCCACUGAAAGUUCACUAGCUAGCUUGGGUGCUAAGUUGUACUUCACAGUCUUACUAAGAUAAACUGAUUCUUCUUCAAAAUAAAGUCUUAUUAAAAUCAAACAGCACAAUUUGGGUAAAAUAGCUUCUGCCUGAUGCUAACCGGCCUGUUAGCACAUUAGCUAUUAGCUAAAGUAUAAGCCAACUGACAGAAUAAAGUAUGAUGACAUCAGUAUUUUUUGACACUAUAUUUAAAAGAAUAGCUAAAAAUGUAUUUUUCAAAUUAUGUUCGCACUAAAUUAAUUCUGUAAUCACGAGCUAAACCGUGGGAAAACAAGAACAGCUCAAACAAAAUAGAAAAACGCUACUGACAAUGCUAGCUAGGUUUACCACCAGUUAGCUUGCUAGCUGCUAGCUCUGGUAAAUGCUUACUGGCCCAAAACCUAACAGUUCAUACUGUUGGAAAGAAAUAGCAACUUUUUAAACUUUGUGAGAUGAAAAUGAAACCAAGUGCUAAAACAUUUCAACAUGCUGAAAUUAGAAGUGUAGGGGAUGUUAGCCUGCUGAAAAAGAGCUAAUAUUUAUGCUAGCCCUGUAAACCAUGGGAAAUGGAUGAAAUUAUAGGUUCUAAACAUAAAGAUAAACCUCUGGACUCAUUUUGAGUUUUUAAUCCAAGCAAACCUUUUUAUAAACAUGUUUCUCAAACUAAUGAAGAAACCAUAGAGCAUAUUUUAAAAAGAAUGCAGUAUUUUAUUUAACACCUGAACUACAUGACACCCUUUAGUUCUCAUUCAUAAUAGCCUGUUAAUGUUCAAUUUAGCACAUGAGCAUGAGGCAGAUCUGUUUCUCUGCCUUGCAUAAUGCAUUUGAAGAUCAUGUCUUUAUAAAAGACUGAAGAUAAAGUUCUUCUUUUGGAAGAUAAAGGUUUAUUUCCCAGUUUACUUGAAGCAUCCCCUGUUUCACUUCUUAUGUGACUUUUUUGGAUUUUAAUUUCUCUGUUUUCACUUUGGGAGACCACAUUCAUGUUUUUACCCGAUGCAGGUGACCCACAAAGAGUUUUAAAGCAAUUAUAAAGUGAUGUACUGUGUAUUUAUGAUGUUUCUUGGUUUUGUUUUAAGUUUUAGCUGCAUUAGUAUGUUUCUUGGUUUUAUGUUGAGAUUGAUAUUUUAUGAAAAGCGUAAAAACACUGAACCACUUUGGAGCAAAUUUUUAUUGUUACUCUCAAAACACGGGUUUAACCUGAAAAGCUCUCCAUUGCUGUCCAAACACUCCAGUGUUAUCAUUGUACUGCAUUAUUGUGGAUGUAUUUUAGCAGGCUAUCUGUAACUGACCUCUAUAGAUAAUCAGAAUGUAAUACCCGAGUUAUAUUAGAGAUUACUAGGAAAAAAAGAGUUCUAAAUAGAUGCUUAUUUUGUCAUUUUCUGACCUGCUGUAUAAUAUUAGAUGUAAAAACAUGCUGGUAAUGUCUGAUAGCCUGUUGAAACACUGAUGCCGUAACAGUGAUCUUUGUAUGUGUGUAAAUGUGCUGUGUGAUGAUUCAUUAAAUGACUAGCAGAGGAACAAGAGUGCA